AUGAGGGCGACUCAUGCAAUUUCCUCCAAAACUCUUCCUUGCGCCAUUCUCGUGCUUGCCAUUUUCGUGCCCCUGAGCUCAUGUGAUCUGAUCCACAGCACAUGCAGAAAGACCCCAAAUUUCCAACUCUGUGCUUCCAUUCUAAGAUCAAAUCCUAAAAGCGGCAGCGCUGAUGUUAGGGGCCUUGGCCUCAUAAUGGUUGGUUCGCUCGAGUCUAAGGCAACUUCUGCUUUGCACACAAUUAAGCAGCUUCUCAGGACCAAACCACACUUGAAAAUCCCUUUGAUUGAGUGCAGCAAAAAGUAUAGUUUUAUUCUAAAAUAUGACGUUACUGAAGCUUAUGAGGCUUUGAGGUUGGGAGAUCCUAAAUUCGGGGAAGAGAGCAUGAAUGAUUCUGCUAUGGUAGCUCAAGAAUGUGAAGAUGGUUUCAAACGAUUCCCCUGCCCAAUUACGAGUGUUAAUAAAGAUGCUCAUGAUAUUUCUGCUGUGGCUGCAGCCAUAAUCAGGUUGUUACUCUAG